GUGUCCAACUUGUGACUGUGUUUUGCAGCUUGCGAUGAAGGGCUCCAGCUACACUGGUCUUCUGGAGAGACACAACAUCCACACCAACAACGUGGAGCACAUCGUGAAGAGUCUACGGAGCGAAGGCAUCGAUGUCCGAGUGGUGAAGAGAGGAGAGUAUGAUGAAGAAGUCGUUCGAUGGGCCGACGCCAUCAUCUCUGCUGGAGGUGACGGGACAAUGCUGCUUGUUGCCAGUAAAGUUCUGAGCAAAGACAAACCGGUGGUUGGAGUGAACACUGACCCUGAGAGGUCAGAAGGUCACCUGUGUCUGCCUGUUCGUUACACUCGUGCCUUCCCAGAGGCACUGGAGAAACUCUGUCGUGGUGAGUUCAGGUGGCUUUGGCGUCAGAGGAUUCGCGUGCACUUGGAAGGCACAGGAAUCAAUCCCACGUCGGUGGAUCUGCACGAGCAGCAGCUGAGCCUGGAGCAGCACAGCCAAGCCCACCGCAUCACCACCAUGGACGGACAACACAAGACAGGAACGCUGCACGAGAGCUUCUCCAAGCCCAGUCUCCUCCCCAUCAGAAGCCUGAAUGAAAUCUUCAUCGGAGAGUCUCUGUCCUCCAGGGCUUCGUACUAUGAGAUCUCUGUGGACGACGGCCCGUGGGAAAAGCAGAAGAGCUCAGGACUCAGCAUCUGCACAGGAACAGGAUCCAAAGCCUGGUCAUAUAACAUCAACAAACUGGCUGGACAGGCUGCGGAGGAGCUU